AGCAGGGAGGCCCCUCCUAGUUCCUCCUUCCCUUUCUGCGGGCAGAUUAAAUAGCGUCUCCUGGAUGCCUGGGCACUGCAAACAGCAGCUCGGACUCACUGCCAUCACCUGCUGUGCCCAGGAUGAGAGUGGCCCCUAUGCGAGCGGCCCCCCCAGGCAGCCUGCGCCUUGGCUGCUCGCUGUUGCUUUCCCUCUGGCUCGCCCCACCUGCAGUGGCCAAGGAGCUGAAGUUUGUGACACUGGUAUUCAGGCAUGGAGAUCGAAGUCCCAUUGAAACCUUUCCCAACGACCCCAUUAAGGAAUCCUCAUGGCCACAAGGAUUUGGCCAGCUCACUCAGCUGGGCAUGGAGCAGCAUUAUGAACUUGGACAGCAUAUCAGGAAAAGAUACAGAAGCUUCUUGAAUGAGUCCUAUAAACAUGAACAGGUUUAUGUUCGAAGCACCGACAUUGACCGGACUUUGAUGAGUGUUAUGACAAACCUUGCAGCCCUCUUUCCCCCAGAGGGUAUAAGCAUCUGGAAUCCCGACCUGCCCUGGCAGCCCAUCCCUGUGCACACAGUGCCUCUCUCUGAAGAUCAGCUACUAUACCUGCCUUUCCGGAAGUGCCCUCGUUUUCAAGAACUUCAUAAUGAGACCUUGACAUCAGAAGAAUUCCAGAAGAGGUUGCUACCUUAUAAGGAUUUUAUGAAGACCUUGCCAAAACUCUCAGGAUUCCAUGGUCAGGAGCUUUUUGGAAUUUGGAGCAGAAUCUACGAUCCUUUAUUUUGUGAGAAUGUUCACAAAUUCCCUUUACCCUCCUGGGCCACCAGCGACACCAUGAUCAAGUUGAAAGAACUAUCAGAACUGUCCCUCCUGGCUCUCUAUGGAAUUCACAAGCAGAAAGAAAAAUCUAGACUUCAGGGGGGUGUUCUCGUCAAAGAAAUCGUCCAUCACAUGAAGGGCUCAAUGCAUUCCUCCAACCGCCGAAAGCUUAUCAUGUAUUCUGCACAUGACACUACUGUGAGUGGCCUACAGAUGGCGCUAGAUGUUUACAAUGGAAUCCUUCCACCCUAUGCUUCCUGCCACUUAAUGGAAUUGUACCUUGACAAUGGGGAGUACUUUGUAGAGAUGUACUAUCGGAAUGAGACUAAGCAUGAACCUUACCCCCUGACACUGCCAGGCUGCACGCACAGCUGUCCACUGGAGAAGUUUGUUGAUCUGGUUACCCCGAUAACCCCUGAAGAUUGGUCUGCAGAAUGUAUGGCCACCAACGACCACCAAGGUGGGGACCAAUCAGGACUGAGGGCUCAAACCCAGGUUCUCUAGCAUUAUAAUAUGUGCGCUCAAGCAGGCACGACAUCACUCAACCGCCUCAAGCCUAUUGGGAAUCUAAUCACAACUUGGAGCUCCACCUAGCAGAACUGGGGUGCAAAGUGACUCUCAGACGACUACAAAAGUAGCUUGGAGAGAUCUGAAUAGCCCAAACAGACUAAGAGAAAUGUGAACUCCAAUAAAGCCUGGUGAGAGAGCCACCUGCAUGAUUUUUUUAAAAUAUUUUUUUACUAUGUAUUCCCUUUUGUUGACCUUAUUGUUUUAUUGUUGUUGUUAUCAAUGUUGUCGUUGCUGGAUAGGACAGAGAGAAAUGGAGAGAGGAGGGGAAGAUAGACACCUGCAGACCUGCUUCACCGCCUGUGAAGCGAACCCCCUGCAGGUGGGGAGCCAGGGGCUCGAACCAGGAUCCUUCGGCCUGUCCUUGCCCUUUACGUCUCGUGCACUUAACCCGCUGCGCUACUGCCAGACUCCAACCUGCAUGAUAUUUAUAUUCUGUUAGAGGAGAGGAGAAAUUAAAUGCUUUUGGAAGGCUGGAUUACAGGUUCCAGUCUGGGAACAUUGACUGCCAGAGAGCCCCGUCCUACCCCACUAAGGAAAGAGAAACAGCCUGGAGGUAUGGAUCGACCUGCCAAUACCCAAAUCCAGCAGAGAAGCAAUUACAGAAGCCAGAACUCCUACCUCCUGCACCCCCAAAACAACUCUAAUCCAUAUUACCCGUGGAGAACAAGUGAUUAGAGGAAGAGGAUAAGAGGGCUCUGAACUCCAGCUCCAUCAGGUCCCAGAGAGAGGAUGACAAGGGGAGAGAGAUUUGGAUGUAGCAGUAGGGUUAUGUGUGGCUUGGAGGGGGAGAAAGGAUUGGAUCGGGAAGAAAAAGGAGGCAAUUAUGUACAAAUGUAGAUAGAUAGUUGUAAAGAUAACAGUUAACCCAUGUCUGCCACCUUGGGACCACCAUGGUUUGCAGUAGAGGAACUUGGGAUUCAGAACUCUGGUGGUGGGAACAGUGUGGAAUUAUACCCUUGUUGACAUGUGAUUAUGUAAAUCAAUAUUGAAUCAAUAAUAAAAAAAAAGAAAAAAAUAGUAAAACAGAGCUCACAUGAAGAUCAAUCUUCUCCAAAAAUGUUGUAUUUCAAUGUUAAAGUAUAUUCACUUUAUCAAGAAAGAAACAAAAGAGUCCCGGUUGAGAAGAAAUUUAAACAAAGGUGAUGGAGUUACAGGGCAUAGAUAUUAGUGAGAAAAGCAUGAAAGCAAUGGUAACAGCUGUGAAAAGGCAAGAAGGGAGCAUGCACCUGCGUAUUGAAGAGUUGCAGUAACCGGACUGG